GCAAUAGGCCAGGUCGCCUAUGACGUCACUCAAACCCGGAGCAGUGCGUGAUUUGCAUACGCACACGUCAUAAAUACAAGUCGCUCCUCGAUAUCGGAGUCAGGCGCGUGAAACUCUGUCUUCCUUUCUAUGUUCUUUAUUAUAAAGCAUCAUCAUGACGGCCAAAUCCUCCACCAUCUCGUCCUACCGAAAGCGGUUCGGUCACGACGGCAGGUCCGCGAGCCGCCGCUAUGCGAGCCCGGUUGGCGCGCGCGUGCAUUCCGACGCGCCCGCGACGCUUUGCACGCGCAGCAAAACCUCCGGAGCGUGGAGCGGAACCGCGUCGGCGGCGUGCGAGACUCUGGACUUCAGCCUGUCCGGUGCUGUGAGCGCGGAGUUUAAAGCGUCGCGCGCCAGCGAGAAGGCGCAGAUGCAGUCGCUUAACGACCGCUUCGUCAGCUACAUUGAGAAGGUGCGGCUGCUGGAGCAGCGGAACGAGGCUCUGCGCGCGGAGCUGGAGCGCUGGCGCGGUAACGGACCCUCGCGCCUCGCCGAGCUGUACACGCACGAGGUGACCGAGAUGCGGCGGCACGUGGACCAGCUGACCAAUGAGAAAGCGCGAGCCGAGGUGCAGCGGGACAACCUGCUCGUGGACAUGAAGCGGAUCCGCGCGAAGUUGCAGGAGGAGAUUCUCCAAAGAGAGGAAGCUGAGAGGAGCACGCAGAGCUUUAGACAGGAUGUGGACAAUGCUGCUCUUGCUCGAGUGGACCUGGAGAGGAAAGUGGAGUCCCUUCAGGAGGAAAUUGUGUUCCUCAAGAAGCUUCAUGAAGAGGAGCUGAGAGAGUUACAGACUCAGACCCAGCAGCAGCAGCAGCAGCAGCAGCAGCAGCAGGUGUGUGUGGAUUUGGAAGUGGCUCAGCCUGAUCUGACCUCCGCCCUCAGGGAAAUCCGGGUGCAGUAUGAGAAUCUGGCCUCCAAGAAUGCGCACGAGUCUGAGGAGUGGUACAACUCCAAGCCAUAUUUGUCCUGGCUUAAGUCUCUCCAUAUUGUGGAUGUGGAUUUGCAGUUCGCCGAUCUCACCGAAGCCGCAAUCAGAAAUAGAGAAACCCUGCGAGCGGCGAAGCAGGAGGCCAACGAGUACCGGCGCAAGGUGCAGGCUCUUACCUGUGACAUGGACGCCCUCAAGGGGACAAAUGAGGCUCUGGAACAACAGAUGAGACAAAUGGAGGAGAACUUUGCUCUGGAGUCCUCAGGUUAUCAGGACACCAUCGGCCGUCUGGAGGAGAACAUCCUCAACCUGAAGGACGAGAUAGAUCGUCACCUGCACGAGUACCAGGACCUGCUCAACGUCAAGAUAGCGCUGGACAUCGAGAUCGCCACCUACAGGAAGCUUCUGGAAGGCGAGGAUAGCUGGAUCUCAACCCCUUUGCCAAACUUCUCAACCCUCAGUCUGAUUGACCCUGUGCUGGAGUCCAGAUCCACCACGAAGGUUCUUAUCAAGACCACUGAGACCAGAGAUGGAGAGGUGAUGAAUGAGGCUACCCAGAAACACGAAGAUCCGGAGUGACUAGCCUCAUUCCCGCUUCGAUUCACACCUCGUCCAAACACACAACACACAACACACAACAGGAUCAUCCGUCCCUGUGAGGUCUACAGAAAUAACCGCUGUCCCUCAGCUACUACUUUCCAGUGCCUUUUCCACCGAGGAGCUGACUGAGCUUCUUCUCUUAGAUAUUAAUAUAACAGUAAUAACAUCUGAUAAAUUAGAAAUAGAAAAACAAUUUUCACUUUUUCAUUUAUAUUUAUCCAUCUGAAAGAUUAUUUUACUUUCAUAACUUCAGCCAUUAAAUUCCACACCUUACUCUUUGUUUAUGAUAAUAUUAUAGUAAUAUUAGUUGAAUUAUUUCAUGUUGUUUUUCAUGCAGUUACUGGAUAAUAAGCUUUAGGCUUUGGAAAUGUAUAUAAUGUACUUAAAUGUAUGUAAUAUAACAUUAUUUUAAAUGAAUUAUUAAGAGUAAUUAAGAGUAGACAAGCAGGUAGACAGAUACAGAGGAAAUGUUUAAAAUAUGGGUUAUUCAUAAGAUAUAUAAGACGUGUGUAGAUGAAUAUCUGCUUUCAUGAGUCAUUAAUGUUACUGAUUCCUAGCACCAAUAAAGUUUUUAGAGCUCUUA